GAGGCGGGGAGUCGCCAUUUUACUUUUCCUCAGUGUCGUUGUGUGAGCGUUGCUGGCUCCGUGUUCGGCCUAACACUGUCUUAAUAUUUUUCGUUUGUUAACAUUUUGUCGUCAUUUCUUCGACAAGUCAUCUUCUCACGACGUACGCUGAUAAUUUAAGUUUCUCUGAUUUAUACAGAUUUAAGGCGUAGACUUGCCGGAAACAGUGCCAUGAUCACCAGAAAAAGAGGAAGAAGCAGCCUCAACGCUGAUGUCACGUGUCCAAAUGGCUUCCAGGAGAAUGGAGAAGUUUUGAAAACCUCUGAUACAAGUGAAAUAAACACAUACACGUCUCCAGAAAGUGACAGCAACGAUUGGGGCCUGGAUGAUUUGCUCGACGUUGAUUUCAACUGGGACCUGGACAACGCCUUGGUUGAUCCUUUCGGCAAUUUCGAAUCCCAAUCACCGGCCAAUGACGAGACGGAUCAAAGCACGGUGGCCGAUAAUCCCGCAUCCCACAAAAGAGGCACAGUCCGACGAUCAAAACUGCAAGACGUCUCCGGUCAGAUCAUCAACAAGAAUGCCAUUGCGGCGAGGAUCAACCGACUAAAGAAGAAAGAAUACGUCAGUGGCUUGGAGCAGAGAGUUGGGUCCCUGACGUCAGAAAAUCGUAUUCUAAAGCAGGAGAACGGGAACCUCAACAAGCGGGUGGAAGAAUUGGAGAAUGAAACGAGGUACUUGAGAGCCGUGCUGGCCAAUGAGAGCAUGCUGGCUCAGCUGUUGUCUAGAUUGAGCGGUGUGAACGGCAUGAAAUUCUCUACCUCGCUUUUCCAGGAAUCAAACGAGAACGACCAUGAUUAUGCCAUUCCGAGGAAGAAGGUGAAGGUGGAGGACAAAGAUACUGCGGGUGGUAUCUGCCUGCAUGUGGACAAAGACCACGUCUCGGUGGAAUUCUGCACCAAGUGUGCAGAAAGUGCAAGCUUGUCGCAUAAAAUGUAGGGUCAAGUAUUUUACCUUUUCUGCGUUUCCUGAGACUGAACUUUGCACGAGAUGUAAAUGAGCCUUGAGGGCACAUGACGACAGUAGUUGUCAAAUGUAGAGUUAACUGUUGAAGUGUACUAUGCAGGGCUUGAAUAGCAUGUCUUUUGAACCUGCUUUCAAUACAAGUUACUGCUAAACUUGUUGAUAGUUUUCUUCUAGGUGCUUGGUGCGACAUGCUGGACGAGUACGUCACAGAACAUCCUUGACUGCCAGAAUCCAUGUGGAUUUUGCUGUGGGGAAAUCAGAAGAUUCGGGACCACCAGCUUGCAUCAUGGCCUGGUAAAUUUAAUAAGGUAGUACAUGAAACCCUGUAAGUUAAAGCUUUUACUGACUUUCUAUCACGCCUUGAAUUGUUGUUUAUUUUGCAUCUGAAUUGUUAAAAUCCUAGUAAUGCAAAACAUUAGCGUGUAAACAUCUGCCAUGCUAUUCAUCCUGAUAUAGACAAGCACUUGGGCUUUUUUGAAAGUAUUCAAGGUCAGAAGAGUUGUGUUUUCAACAGAAUGUUCAAAGGUUUAUGUCUGAAUCCAAUCCAGUUGUGAGAUGCAUUGGAAAUCCAAACACUGUGCAGGCACAUGGCUACAUCUGUUUUGAAAUCAAAUACAGUGCUUCUGCGCUUUCUACAAAAGCCUUAAAUUUCUUCUCUUCAAAGUGGAUAAAGAGUGGUGGUGAUUUAAUUUUUUUAAGUAUUAAAUGCACAUCUGUGUGUUUGCAACAGUAAUGGCUGCGGCUCUCAUGUUGCAGAUCAACCCAAGCAGUUCUGAAUCGGAUACAGCAGGGGUGUAUCCUGGAGGGCCACUGUCUUGCAAAGUUUAAUCCCAACACUAAUCAAACACACCUGCAUUUCAUUUACAAGUUAUCCUGAAUAUUUUAUCAGGUGAGUUUAAUAAGGGUUGGAACUAAACUCUGCAGCACAGUGGUCCUUCAGGACCAUGUUUCCCCAUCCCUGGUAUUCACCAGGGGUUGUCAAUUCCAGUCCUCAUGAACCCCCUUCCAGAUCAUUUUAGAUGUCUCAUGUAUAAAACACCUGAUUCAUUUCAUCAGCUUGUUACUGUGUUAAUUAGGUGUUUCAUAUAAGGAGACAUCUAAAACAUUCUGGGAGGGGGGUCCCGAUGACUGGAAUUGAAAACCACUGGUAUACACUAUAAAUAAUUACUGGUUGCCUAAAAUGAGGUAUAAUCAACUUGCAUACUUGCAUGUAAUCAAGCUAUUUCAACAUACUAUUAUAAUUUUUUUGGUUAUCUCGACUUGUGAGGAGUUACUGUAACUUUUUAAAAGUUUAAAUAUGUUAAUUGAAUACAACUUGAAGGCAGCCAGGAUUUUUUAUGUAUAUUUUUCAAAUGGUUAUGGCUAGGUUGUCACUUUUUUCUAUACAAGAUAAGAUUUCAUUAAUACCUGCAGUUGUGUAGACAAAGUCUAAAGAUUUUGCGUAAAUGUUUUGUAAUUUUAUUAUGGAUAUAUCUAUGAUUAGUGUUUAAAGGUGGGUGUUGAUGGUCUUUAACAUCAAAGUGUAAAUAUUGUGUAAUUGACUUAAUUGCUAUCCAACAUAAUUUAACCUGGGCUGUCAACAUUUUUGCUUGGUUUCCAGUGAUGGGAUCGAUAAAGUUUUUAUGAAUUAUUAAAAACCAAGCCAUGGUGGAAAAAAUCUGCAUGUUUAGAAGUUAAUGAAGACUUUGCAUUUCAGAACUGUUUGGGUUGAUGACUCUAGUAAUGCAUUAGGAAUUGUUCUUUGUGUGGCAAUAUUGCAAAUGCAAGGUAGAAAUGAAGUGUGUAUUGCCCAGUGCAUAUUUUAAUUUUCACAAAGCGGUCAAGUAUUUGUAGAAGUUCUACUCUGACAAUAGAUGUUAACGCUGACAAAAAGCUUUUAACGCCACUUUUUAUCCACUUCACACUAAAAGGGAUAGUGAAAAUUCACCCAAAAGUGAAUUUUCUAUCUUUUAAAGGUGGGGUGUAUGAUUUAUUUGAAAAAACACUUUGGAAAAGCGAGUCGGCCGAGUACCAAAACACACUUGUAGCCAAUCAGCAAUAAGGGGCAUGUCUACUUACCGACAAGAAGGUCCUGAUUCUAUUGAGGUAGGGGCGUGUUUGUUAAGGUGAUUUCAAAUAUCAACAUUGGCAUUCAGAGAUCAUGCACCCCACCUUUAAGCAUCCUUAUGUUGUCUUCAACAGGAAAAGACAUUGAUGUGGGCUGGUAAAUGUAGACAGAAUUUUCAUAUUUGGGAGAACUAUCCUCUUCAUAUUUUUAUGUGAAACUUCUUGGUUAAACUGUUUACCUAAGGUAUAAUAAUGUAAUGCUUAGGCAGUUUACAGAGCUGCUUAUACUCGUCAUAUUUUCUAUGAAUAAAACACUAGACUGAU